GAACCUAAGACGGUAACUCAUCUGUGUGUGUAAGUUUCCUGCUUUAACUUUGUGAAUAACUCUCUUGUUUCCUUUUUUAAGUUAAUACAUCUUUAGUUAAUUACAGGAUUGGCCACAAGUGGUGUCUUUGGGGGAAGAUCUAAGGUGCAAUUGACCUGAGGUAAGUGACUGGUCCUUUGGGACUGCGAGUAACCUGAACAUUGUGUCAAGUAUCAGGGAGUAGCCAUGUUAGUCUGUGUCCACAAUUUACCCACGAAAGCUUAUGCCCAAAUACAUCUGUUAGUCUUUAAGGUGCCACCGGACUCCUUGUUUUUUUCUGAAUAUUGUUGUAAUUUUUGGUGUCAGGGACCAUCUCUCACAAAAGCAGGUUCGCCGGGUGGCAAGCUAGACCGAGUGCCCCUGGCAACUGCCAGUGACUCCAGUUAAAGUAGUUAUUCUAGCGCUGGAGGAGUUCACAUUUGAUACUAGGUUGGUGAAAUCUAUGUUAGAGAACACACAACCGGUUUGGGGUUUGUGCCCUGGUUUGCAUCACUCGGCCCUGAGGCUGGCACCCACGUUGAUGAGCCACUCCAAGCAGCUUGACAUCCUGUGUGAUCUGUGUGGACCCAGCCGCUCACUCCCGCAGGCAGCCAGAGGCUCGAGAGGGAGAGAAAUCCGCUCCCUUGACGUCUGGGGAGGGAUGGGUUAAACCCACCGAGUUCCUCACCCCAGAUCAGAGCAGGAGAAGCUGGCUCGGGUUGGGGACGUAAUAACUAGAGGGACCUUCCUGUGCCAGCCCCGACCGACACUUGGGUCCCCAGCCCGGCUCCCGGCCUGUGUGCGCGCAGGGCCAGUCCCCGGCUGCAGCCCCGGGCCCCGGCAGGGCGGGCUGGAUUUCCACCCCCCAGACCAGCCGUGAGUCCCAGAUGGAGCCAGAGGUAGAGCCGUGCAUGCUGGAUCCCCAGUGCUCCAGUGACAGCUGCGUCCCUACAGACACUUCUGCAGCUGGCAACGAGGCACAGAGCGGGGACAAGGAGGGGAGUCCUGGCCCGGAGGACGGGGCGCUGUCAGGCGGGUCCGAGUGGGAGUUGUCCCCCAGCCCCGACCGGGAAUGGCCGCCGAUGACGCUUCCCACUGCCAACUCAGGGAAACCCUACAACUGUGCUGACUGCGGCAAAGCCUUCACCUGGCCCUCACACCUGGUGCAGCACCGGCGCAUGCACACGGGUGAGCGCCCUUACCGCUGUGCCGACUGCGGCAAAGGCUUCACCGACAGCUCGUCCCUAGUUAAGCACGGCCGGACCCACACAGGAGAGCGCCCCUACACCUGCCCCCAGUGUGGCAAAGGCUUUGUGGACAGCUCGUCACUCACCAAGCAUGCCCGUACCCACACAGGCGAGCGCCCCUACAGUUGCCCCAGCUGUGGACGCGGCUUCGCCGACAGCUCCCGGCUGGCCCAGCACCGACGCACCCAUGCUGGGGAGCGACCUUACUGCUGCCCCGACUGUGGGAGGGCAUUUGGCCGUCGGGCACACCUGAUCGAGCACCGGUACACCCACACUGGCGAGAAACCCCACCGCUGCCACCAGUGUGGCAAAGGGUUCAGCCAGAGCUCCAACCUGACGCAGCACCAGAAGACCCACCUGGCGGAGAAGCCUUUCAUCUGCCCACAGUGCGGGAAGGGGUUCUGUCUGCGCUCCCAGUUGGCCAAGCACCAACGGCUGCACAGCCCUGACAACCCCCAUCGCUGUCCCCAGUGCCACAAGGGCUUUGUGGACCGCUCCCCACUCCUCAAGCACCUGAGGAUCCACACCGGGGAGCGGCCCUUCCGGUGCACUGAGUGUGGGAAGACUUUCAGCAUGAGUUCCCACCUCACACAGCAUCAGCGAGUCCACACUGGUGAGAAACCCCACCACUGCCACCAGUGCGGCAAGGCAUUUGCCCAGAGCUCCAACCUGACGCAGCACCUGCGCACCCAUACUGGGGAGCGCCCAUACAAGUGCCCCAAAUGUGGCCGGGCCUUCAGUGAUAGCUCCAGCUUCUUGAGGCACCAGCGGCUGCACAGUGGGGAGCGGCCCUACCGCUGCCACCACUGCGGCAAGGGCUUCGCUGAUGGCAAAGUGCUGCGCAAGCACCAACUAACCCAUAGCGGUGAGCGGCCCUUUGCCUGUGGGCAGUGUGGCCGCGCCUUUGCCCAGAGCUCCAACCUGGUGCAACACCAGGCCAUCCACACUGGUGAGCGGCCCCACCGCUGCCACCAAUGCGGCAAAGGGUUCUGCUUUCCCUCACAGCUGGCGCAGCACCGGAAGCUCCAUGCCACUAUUAUUGUGGUGGACGAUGGCGAUAACGAACUCCCCUCCCCACCUGCCAACUAAGCCCCUCCAGUCCCCGGCUGCCCUGGGUGGGGAUUGAACCCAGGACUCCUCUGUUGCUUGAGUUACCGGGCCAAGAGGGUGAUACAGACUUGUAAUCCUUUAUCCAGCCACUAGAGAGGGACAGGGAGCAGGUUUAGUGCUACAGCUGAUCAAGGAACAGAAAGAAAAACAGUUUCACUAAGUCAAUUUGGUUCUGGAACAAGACACUUUUUUUCUUGUAAUCGAAAUUGUUUGUGAUAUCCCCCCCCCCCCCAAGUCAUGUGACUAUUGGAAAAUCUCAGCUUUUUAAAAAAGUCAUUUUCUGAUCCUCAUGGUUGGGGAGAAAAGCUGGGAAAAUUACUCCAACUGGCUCAGAAUCGUGACUAAACAGACCCUUACAUGUACGAUUUUCAACCUCUCAUGAUGUUUCUAAGCCAUGAUUAUUCUGGGGGCUGGCUCGUGAUUUUUGAAUGCUUAGAGUGGCCAUGCUGCUGGGGUUAAAUUUUGGAGAUAUUUGUGAACCCACUCCAAUCCCAGUGGAGUUGGUGGAAUUUGUUCAUGUGUCUCACAGUUGUGAAGGGUUUAGGAAUCCACCAGAGGCUGAACUUAUAGCCAGGAUUCUAAGGCUCAGGUAUAAUUUAUUGGCUUAAUGCCUGUGGCCAUGUCUCCCUCUAGUGCAGAGCCCUGGCUACUACAACACCCACUGCUCACUCACAGCUGGGGGAGUUACUCCUUUAGCUCAGGGUAGCAUGGCAUCAUGCAUUGGGGUUGGGAUUGGGACUAACGGAUGAGAGCUGGUCAGGAAAUGAUUUGUUUGUCCCCAUGAAAUGUUUUAAUGAAAACAUGGUUGGGAAAAAUGUGUUUCCUUGAAAUUUUUCAUCUAAACUUUUGUGGAAAAUGUUCAGGGUUUUUGUCAACAAACCUAAAGCUGAGAAAAUUUGGGUUCCCAAAACCCAAACAGUUUCCAGGUAUUUUUCAAUGAACGCCACCAACUUUUCCAUGCCAUGGAAAUGUCUAGGGGAAAAAAAAUGUGUUGUCAACAACAACAACAAAAGACCAGGGGGAUGGGACGGGACAGGAUGACAUUUCCCACCUAAAAGUCUUUGGAUGGCCAGCAUUUGAUCAGCUUUGGAAGACAGUCACGUGCCCAAAUUCCUUCAGAUCCUGUAAUAAUCACCUUUGGGGGCUGAGAACCCAUGGGUUUGAUAUACAAGAAUAAACAACACAUCACAAUGGAAUUGGCUCCUUGGUUUUCAAGCCUUUUUGGAAGUGUCACACUAUUGCUCCUAUUUGAUUGAAACCUCCCUGGUUUUAUAUAUGUAAUAUAAGUAACAUUUUCCUCCAUUCUUUUCCCAAAACUUGUGGGUGUUUAUUUUUUUUAGAAAACCAACACUUAAAAAUAGUACUUAGGGAAGAUUAGAAAUAACAACCUACACUUUUUGUUUUAUUUGUUACAACACAAAACAAAAAAUAAAAACCAAGGAAAGGUUUUUCUUCACCAGGCAAAAAACUUUGUUAACUACAGGAUUCUAACAACAGUAUCACAAAUUAAGGGAUAGCCAUUAAUAACCUUAACUCCGCCCUUCAGGAAGUAUUUUGUUAAAGACUGGGCUACUGUUGUUAGGACUCCUCCACUUGGAUUUGGAUGUUAGGAGUUAGACUUCCCAGCUGGGAUUUUUCAAAGGAGUUGAAGAGAAUUUGGUUUCUAAAUUCAAUGGGAUUAAAUUAAUUAGAGUGAAUUGACAUUUUGUAAGCAAAACCUAUUCCUGGCAAAAAAGGAAGUUUAGUGAAAAGUGGAGUUUUUCUCAUGAAAACAUUUUCAACAAAACAUUUUGACUGGUGAUUACAAAAUGCACAUUUCGGCUUAAUUUCCAAUUGGAUUUUUUUGCUUUGCUCUCCUCGCAUCAAACACACUUUCUGUCUCACUUCUACUUUCACCCAUCAUUUGCAGUGAGGAAAAAAAGGGGAGAAAAUAACCCCAAAAUCCCCAAAUUGAAAACUUUUUUUUAAAAUCCAGAUUGAAAUUGUGAUUUGAAAAUAAAAUGUUUCUUUCUUUCUUUCUCAAAAAUAUUGUAACCAGUUCUAGAUCAGAUUUCCUGAGGGGAUUUCAAGAUCUUUUGUAUGCUGGAAAUCUGCCCUGAUUCAAGACAUCAGCUGCACCAAUAGAAGUAGUGAUUUCCAUAGUCUUCUCUAGGGGGUUACAUUGGGACAGGUACAUGACAAGCAGCUGCAAUCAGCAGAAAUCCCAAUUUAGACAAUGUUUGGGUUAAACUCUUCUUUCCUGAAUCCUCCGUAUUUAUUAGGCGCCACUUUAGAGACACCUGUGAACCUCUUCUCAGAUGUAUCCAGCACCUGGCUGCUUCUUGUGAAGUGUUGAUAGAAGCCGUAAUUGCUAUGAUCCUUUCAGGAUUGGACCUCUGUGGCCUAAAAGGUGACCUAGUUUGGGACAUCUUUAAAAGGGCCUGAUUCUGAAUAAAGCGUUGAGCACUUUUCCUCCCAAAAUCAGGACCCCUUUAAGGUAUUGAGCUGGGAUGCGCACAGCCUUAAAAUCUCUAGUCACUUCUGAAAAUCUUGGCAGAAGGGAUUAAGUCCAAACUCCCAAAUAUCAUAGAAUACCAGGGUUGGAAAGGACCUCAGGAGGUCAUCUAGUCCAACCCCCUGCUCAAAGCAAGACCAAUCCCCAGACAGAUUUUUGCCCCACAUCCCUAAAUAGCCCCCUCAAGGAUUGAAUUCACAACCCUGGGUUUAGUAGGCCAAUGCUCAAACCACUGAGCUAUCCCUCCUCCCUAUCGGGGGUAUUUGUUCACUUUUAGCUACAGGAUUCUAACAACACCAUCAGAAAUGGAGGGAUGUGCACUCAUGACCUUAACUCUGCCCUGGAGGAUGAAUUUUGCUUUUAACUCAAGGACUCUACAAUGAUGCAGCAAAUUAAGGGAUAUUUGUGAUUAACCUUACCUGUGCCCAUCAUGUGUUAUAUUUAUCUGUGGGUUUAGCAACAACUGCUAGCAUCUGAUGUAGGGUUGCCAAUGUUCCCGGAUUGUCCUGGAGUCUCCAAGAAUUAAAGAUUCAUCUUUAAUUAAUGAUUAUGUCAUGUGAUGAUACCUCCAGGAAUAUGUUCAACCAAAAUUGGCAACCUUAAUCUCAUGAGGAGGUGAGACUUGGACAUUACCACGCUGCAUUUGGAGACCUUACUGUGUUCUACUUGCCAAACCCUCUUCCAAACUUUUUUUCCUUUGUAACAUCUUUUUCAGUCCCUCCUUCAUUUGCACCUGGCCAUAAAUCCUCUCUGUUUCAGUUA